AACAAAUAACAAAACCUCUCUCUUUCUCUUUCUCUCUCUCUGUCGGUGAAAACUCCUAUUAUUGUUUGUUUGUUUGAAGAUGAUGAUGAGUUACGAGAAUGAUCUUCUUCUUGAAGCGACCGAGCUUAGGUUAGGUUUGCCAGGAAGAUCGACCAGCUCCAUCGACGAUCAUAGUUCAAAAUGCAGUACUAAAAGGACUUCAUCGGAGUCAGGUUCCAACUCUCCUUCCUCCGAAUCCGAUGAUUCCCAACACAGCAGCAACCCUCCUCCACGCAAAGCACAGAUUGUGGGAUGGCCGCCGGUAAGAUCUCACUGGAAAAACAGUCAAGUGAUGUAUGUAAAAGUGAGCAUGGACGGAGCUCCUUAUUUGAGAAAGAUAGAUCUAAGGGUUUACAAAAGCUACAAUGAGCUUCUCAAGUCAUUGGAGACCAUGUUCAAAUGCACCAUUGGAAUGUGUUGUGAAAGAUCAGAAGGAUGUGAAUAUGUAGCAACUUAUGAGGAUAAAGAUGGGGAUUGGAUGUUGGCUGGAGAUGUGCCAUGGGAGAUGUUCAUCACUUCUUGUAAGAGGCUUAGAGUUAUGAAAGGGUCGGAUGCCAAAGGAUUGGGGUGCAUAUAGAUCAUAUUAUCAUAUAUACAUUACAUUUACAUACUCUUAUAAUUAUAUAUAAUUCAUUAUUGUUUUGUUGUGGGAAAUCUAUAUAUAUAUAGUUUUCAUCAUUUGAAUAUUUAUUUUUAUAUAUGAUACUUUUGAUUGCAUAUAAUAGAUCAUGAUCAUAGUGCUUUUGUUAUUUGAUUCGAAGCAAAAUAUGUAAAUUGAUUGAGUUUGACUUCAAUGCAUGUGAUGAUAUUGAUUGAA